CUCAGUGACUUUCAAUGUGGCACCGUCAUAGGAUCCCACCUUUCCAUCAAGUCUGUUGGUCAAAAUUUCUGCACUGCUAGAACUACCCUGGUCAACUAAGCAGUAACCAUGUCUGGCACCGGGGGAGGGAAGCGAGCCUCAGGUGGGGACAGCUCCCCUGGUCCACCUGAGAAGAAGUGUAAAAAAGAGGAAAAGCCCACCACCACUCUCAUUGAGCCCAUACGCAUUGGGGGAGUGUCCUCUACGGAGGAGAUGGACAUGAAGGUGAUCCAGUUUAAGAACAAAAAGCUGAGUGAGCGUCUGGAGCAGAGGCAGACUAUGGAGGAUGAGCUGCGGGAGAAGAUCGAGAAGCUGGAAAAGCGACAAGCUACUGACGAUACCACACUGCUCAUUGUGAAUCGCUACUGGUCCCAGUUGGAAGAAAAUGUUCACGUCCUGCGCCAACGCAUUGACCCCACGGUGGUCCCGGCACCGCCCACUACUCCUGUUUCUGCCCCUACCCCAAUGGACGCGGAUGGCAUGAUGAUCCCACCACCCCCUCCUUCAGCCCCACUCCCAGCGCCAGAACACGAAGAGCAACAGCCUCCACCACCCGACGGUAUGGAGAUAGCUCGUGAACCACAGCAGGACUCGACAAUCGCCCCGCCGCCCACUACUACCCUCAGUGAGAGUACCAAAGCCUUCCUCUCCACUUUGGACAACAGCAGUGAGGAGGAGCUCAGCCUGCAGUUGCGGGACAGGAUGCAGUUCAGCAAGGAGGCCGCUGCCUGCAUGGUCUGCGUCUUCGACAGGCUCCACAGCCGCAUCGACGGCCUAUGCACCCAGAUCCUGUCCGCAGCGUGUGAGGAUGAUAGCCAGGAAGAGAUGCUCCGUCUGAAUCGUACUCUGCUCGAGGAGAAUGGCAGACUGCAAGACCUGGCCUCCUCCCUGCAGGGCAGACACCACAAGAUGUCUAUGGAGUACAACGAGCUUGUGGAUAAGGUGACAAGCUCGGAGACCAAGGUGUCUGAGAUGGAGACUGCUGUGGAGGAUCUGCAGUGGGACAUCGAGAAGCUCCGUAAGAGGGAACAGAAGCUCAACAAGCAUCUGGCUGAGGCAUUGGAGCAGUUGACCUCGGGCUACUACACCACUGGCAGCUCAGGGGGGCUACCCGGUGGCCAGAUCACCCUCAAUAUACAGAAGUUUGAGAGCCUGAAUGCAGAGUUGGAGCAGAACCAGGAGCUGGCCAACAACCGCAUGGCAGACCUGGAGAAACUACAGCAGGAGCUCCAGGAGGCUGUCAGGGAGAGCGAGAAACUCAAGUUGGACCUGAAAAAUAUUCCAGAGGAUGUGGUGAAGGAGACCGUGGACUACAAGUGCCUGCAGUCCCAGUUCUCCCUGCUCUACAACGAGUCUUUGGGGGUGAAGACCCAGCUGGAUGAGGCCCGGGCCCUGCUCCUCACCGCAAAGAACGCCCACCUCAGACAGAUAGAGCACAUGGAGAGUGACGAGCUGUCCCUACAGAAGAAGCUCCGCACAGAGGUCAUCCAGCUGGAAGACACGCUGGCCCAGGUGCGCAAGGAGUACGAGAUGCUGCGCAUCGAGUUUGAGCAGAACCUGGCGGCCAACGAGCAAGCAGGCCCAAUCAACAGAGAGAUGCGCCACCUCAUCAGCAGCCUCCAGAACCACAACCACCAGUUGAAAGGUGACGUGCAGCGUUACAAGCGGAAGCUCCGAGAAACACAGAUGGAGAUCAACAAGUUGCGGUGUCAGAGUGGUGACACCGGGCUUCUGUCAUUGGAGGAGCCAGUGAGCGACAGCCUGGAGGUGAAGAAAGAGGAGGAUGAAGACCAAGAGGAGGAGGAGGAGAGGAGGAGGGAGCUGGAGAGACAGCGGGCCCGGGAGAGAGAGAGGGAGACUGAGAGGGAACGAGAGAGGGAGCGAGAAAGAGAGCGACAGCGCAGCGAGGAGUUGAAGAGGAAAGAUUCGGACACCCUGAAGAUGCUGAGGGCGGAACUUAAGAAAGCCCAGGAGUCUCAGAAGGAGAUGAAACUACUUUUGGACAUGUACAAAUCAGCUCCCAAAGAGCAGAGGGACAAAGUGCAGCUUAUGGCAGCAGAGCGCAAGUCUAAAGCCGAGGUGGAUGAGUUGCGGGUGCGUGUUCGAGAGCUGGAGGAGCGGGAGAGGAAGGAGAGCAAGAAGCUGGCUGAUGAGGACGCUCUCAGGAAGAUCCGUGUGGCAGAGGAGACAAUCGACCACCUACAGAAGAAGCUCACGGCCACCAAACAGGAGGAGGAGGCCCUACUGAGUGAGAUGGACGUGACGGGCCAGGCCUUUGAGGACAUGCAGGAGCAGAACAGCCGGCUGAUGCAGCAGCUGAGGGAGAAGGACGACGCCAACUUCAAGCUGAUGUCGGAACGCAUCAAGUCCAACCAGAUCUACAAGCUGCUGAGGGAGGAGAAGGAGGAGCUGGCUGACCAGGUGCUCACCUUUAAGACCCAGGUGGAAGCCCAGUUAUUGGUUGUACAGAAGCUGGAGGAGAAAGAGGGCAUCCUCCAGAGCUCACUGACCAAUCUGGAGAAAGAGUUAGGAGUUCGCAUACAAGCACUAGAACUCAACAAGAGGAAGGCAGUGGAGGCAGCCCAGCUGGCUGAGGACCUUAAGGUGCAGCUGGAUCACACCCAGUCCAAGCUGAGGGAGAUCCAGGUAUCUGUGUCUGAGAACCGCAACGCCAGAGAGAGGGAGUUGGGAAACCUCAAAAGAGCGCAGGAGGACCUGUCCAGGCUACGACGAAAGCUGGAGAAACAGAAGAAAGUGGAGGUGUACACUGAUGCUGAUGAGAUCCUGCAGGAGGAGAUCAACCAGUACAAGGCGAAGCUGCGUUGUCCGUGCUGCAACACCCGCGACAAGGAGACGGUGCUCACCAAGUGUUUCCACGUUUUCUGCUACGAGUGUCUGAAGACGCGCUAUGACACCCGACAAAGGAAGUGCCCCAAGUGCAACUGUGCCUUCGGGGCCAACGACUUCCACCGCAUCUACAUCACCUAACUGCCGAGGGAAAAGAAGAGGACAGGGAUAAGGGAGGGGAGGAAAAAUAAAUGGAUGGAAGUGAGUGUGGUUGGAGAGCUUAGUUUUGUCUUUGCUUUUCGAAGGACUUUCUUAUAUUGCGUCAUUGCCGGUUGGUGCUAGUGACCAAACAGAUAGUUGUGACUGAGAGAGAGUCUAAAAACCGAAGUGCACAUACCAAGGUAUUCUUACUUCUGGAUACUCUGUUUUUGUUUUUCUGUCACAUCUUUGUUUUCGAUCAGAUCUUGCCCAUGUGGUAAUGAACUUUUAACUAGGACGUUGUCGUGGCACUGUAUGAUUUGUGUACACUACCGUUAAAAGUUGGGGGUCACUUAGAAAUGUCCUUGUUUUUGAAAGAAAAGCAUAUUUUUUUGUCCAUUUUAAAAUAACAUCAAAUUGAUCAGAAAUAGUGUACAUAUUGUUAAUGUGGUAAAUUACUAUUGUAGCUGGAAAUGGCUGAUUUAAAAAAUAUUAUGGAAUAUCUACAUAGGUGUACAGAGGCCCAUUACCAGCAACCAUCACUCCUGUGUUCCAAUGGCACGUUGUGUUAGCUAAUCCUAGUGUAUCAUUUUAAAAUGCUAAUUGAUCAUUAGAAAACCCUUUUGCAAUUAUGUUAGCACAGCUGAAAACUGUUGUUUUGCUUAAAGAAGCAAUAAAACUGGCCUCCUUUAGACUAGUUGAGUAUCUGGAGCAUCAGCAUUUGUGGGUUCGAUUACAGGCUCAAACUGGCCAGAAACAAAGCACCUUCUCCUGAAACUCGUCAGUCUAUUGUUCUGAGAAAUGAAGGCUAUUCCAUGCGAGAAAUUGCCAAGAAACUGAAGAUCUCGUACAACGCGGUGUACUACUCCCUUCACAGAACAGCGCAAACUGGCUCUAACCAGAAUAGAAAGAGGAGUGGGAGGCCCCGGUGCACAAUUGAGCAAGAGGACAAGUACAUUAGAGUGUCUAGUUUGAGAAACAGACGCCUCACAAGUCCUCAACUGGCAGCUUCAUUAAAUAGUACCCGCAAAACACCAGUCUCAAUGUCAACAGUGACGAGGCAACUCCGGAAUGCUGGCCUUCUAGGCAGAGUUGCACAGAAAAAGCCAUAUCUCAGACUGGCCAAUAAAAAUAAAAUAUUAAGAUGGCAAAAGAACACAGAGACUGGACAGAGAAACUGCGUAGAAGGCCAGCAUCCCGGAGUCGCCUCUUCACUGUUGAGACUGGUGUUUUGCUGGUACUAUUUAAAGAAGCUGCCAGUUGAGGACUUGUGAGGCGUCUGUUUCUCAAACUAGACACUCUAAUGCGACCAGCUACAAUAGUCAUUUACAACAUUAACAAUGUCUAUACUGUAUUUCUGAGCAAUUUGAUGUUAUUUUAAUGGGCUUUUUUUUGUUGCUUUUCCUUUAAAAAACAAUGACGUUUCAAAGUGACCCCAAACUUUUGAACAGUAGUGUACAUUGACUUCCGCAGAAUCAUCCUUGAGAACACCUGUAUGUGCUUGUUUCCGGUAUUCUAAGAAAAAACCACUCUGAAGAACUGAGAUUCAAUCGCUGGAUGCAAAUCUAGUUGAGUUGUGUACAAAUGUGACUCAAUUCAGUAAAAAUUGACUUUCUUUCAUUAUUGUAACGAUCACGUUAUGUCCCUGUGCAGUGAUUUCACCAGAUAAUACUGCAGGGCUUGACAUUAAAGAUCCCAUGGCACUUAUCGUAAGAGUAGGGGUGUUAACCCCGGUGUCCUGGCUAAAUUCCCAAUCUGGCCCUCAAACCAUCAUGGUCACCUAAUAAUCCCCAGUUUACAAUUGGCUCAUUCAUCCCCCUCCUCUCCCCUGUAACUAUUCCCCAGGUCGUUGCUGCAAAUGAGAACGUGUUCUCAGUCAACUUACCUGGUAAAAUAACGGUAAAAUAAAAUAAAAAAUAAAAUAAAAAAAUUAACUUUUUUUUGCCACUUGUCCUUCAGACAAGUAGGACAGAUUUGUUUUUAUGGUCAGAAAGCUCAAGUCACCAAAGAGUGAUACUUAAAAUUGUUGUAUGAUUCAAGGAACCACUUUACAAUAUAAAAAUGACCAUUGUUGCUACUGUAUAGAGAAUCAGACAAAUGUAGGCUACCCUCUGCAUAUUGGCUUCUUAGCAUUUUCAAACCUGUCUCAAAAUAGAACACUGCCCCUUUUAGAUGCACCUGGAGGAUGAUUGGCAACCCUUAAAUAGCCCCCCAAAAUAUUGCACAGUUCCAGUUCCAACCGAAUACUUUUUGUCUUUCAUAAAUAAUUGACUAAUUGAAUGAAUCAGGGAUCAAAUGGCUACAGUAGGUUUCUUAAAAGAACGGUAACUAACGAAGACAUGUUUAUAACAUUGUAAGGCUGAAAUAUUCAGGUUUCAGUGGAGAUUUAUUGACCGCACUGUUCAACCAAUCCAAUAAAUGUGGAGGAAGAGUUAAGAUGGAAUGUCACCUUGUUAAUGUCCAAAAGUGCAAGUCACUUCCCAGGCUCUUUACAUUUCACCUGAAACCCGAACAUCCGGUUGUUGGAGAUCCAGCGGAGGCUACUAUGAAGCUAUUCUAAGAUUUUAACGUCAGAAUGACAUGGCCAAUGUUGAAUAGAGGGGGAAUACCAGCUUUCCAAUGGUGUUAGAAUUAUUCCUCAACUUCCAAUAAAUACAUUUCAGAUAUGCUAUCCCCAAAAUAAUAAUUUGGUUGUGUUUAUGAAGGUCUUGGCUAACAUUAGACUUCUAGAUUUUUAUUUUUCUAAGAACACAGUAGCAUUUUCAUUAAUUUAUUUUACUGUAGGCUAUCUGUAAAAAUGAGGGGGGGGGAACACAAAGCACCACAAUUGAAGUGUUACGUCAUCACACAGAAUUCCAUUAUAAUUACGUUUUGGCAGGUCUUAUACGGCCCGGUGCAGUCCAAAUUGUGUGUUUUCUGUGUUUUGUAUCAUUGUACAACAGCUGAUGAAACGAACACUGUAAAAGUGUGAACAAAAUUGAUGUGUUAUUUUCUGAUAGUUCCUGGUUGAAAAUACAAUAUACACAGGACCUUCAAAUCAGCCUGUUUGCAUGAGUAAGGUGUUUCUGCUUGCCUGGUGACAACACCAGGUGCGAAAUUGGUUAAUAAACCAAUAACAAAGAGAGUUCCAAACCUCUGCUAAUAACAGCAAGUUUUCCCCUCCCCACUUAGACCACUCCCAGACAGUCUUAACAAAAAAUCUUGCUUGAGAAUUUUCAUUUUAAUGGAAAUGUAUUACAGUAAGGUACUUGUUACCCAGAAAUGAUUUGAUGUUGAUAUAAAAAUGUCUGCAUUGGACCUUUUUAAGAAAAAAUGUGACUAAGAAAAUGUAUUUCAAAAGAACAGAGUAAAAUAUGUUCAGUUUUA